UCCAGCCCCGCCGCGCCGCCAGCUCGCUCGCCGGAGCCGGGCCUGCAGGGCGGGGGUCUGUUCCUGAAGGAGAGAUCAUGGCCUCCAUGCUGCUCACCCGGCGGCUGGCCUGCAGCCUCCAGCACAAGUACUGCCCGCUCGUGCCCGGGCCCAGACACAUCAGUCAAGCUGCAGCCAAGGUCGACGUGGAAUUUGAUUAUGAUGGGCCGCUGAUGAAGACGGAAGUGCCAGGGCCCAGAUCAAGGGAGCUGAUGAAACAGCUGAAUAUAAUUCAGAAUGCGGAGGCCGUGCAUUUCUUUUGCAAUUACGAAGAGAGCCGAGGCAAUUACCUGGUUGAUGUGGAUGGCAACCGGAUGCUGGACCUCUACUCUCAGAUCUCCUCUGUCCCUAUAGGUUACAGCCACCCUGCCCUCAUGAAACUCGUGCAGCAGCCUCAGAACGCGUGCACGUUCAUCAACCGGCCGGCCCUGGGCAUCCUGCCUCCAGAGAACUUUGUGGAGAAACUGCGGAAAUCCUUGCUCUCGGUGGCUCCCAAGGGCAUGUCCCAGCUCAUCACCAUGUCCUGCGGCUCCUGCUCCAACGAAAAUGCCUUCAAGACCAUCUUCAUGUGGUACCGGAAUAAGGAAAGGGGACAAACGGGUUUCUCAAAAGAGGAGCUGGAGACGUGCAUGGUUAACCAGGCCCCCGGCUGCCCCGACUACAGCAUCCUCUCCUUCAUGGGCGCCUUCCACGGGAGGACCAUGGGUUGCUUAGCGACCACGCACUCCAAAGCCAUCCACAAGAUCGACAUCCCCUCCUUCGACUGGCCCAUCGCCCCGUUCCCGCGGCUCAAGUACCCCCUGGAAGAGUUUGUGAAGGAGAACCAGCAAGAGGAGGCCCGCUGUCUAGAAGAGGUGGAGGAUCUGAUCGUGAAAUAUAGGAAAAAGAAGAAGACAGUGGCUGGCAUUGUGGUGGAGCCCAUCCAGUCAGAGGGCGGCGACAACCACGCGUCAGACGACUUCUUCCGGAAGCUGAGAGACAUCUCCAGGAAGCACGGCUGUGCCUUUUUGGUCGACGAGGUCCAGACCGGAGGGGGCUGCACCGGCAAGUUUUGGGCCCACGAGCACUGGGGCCUGGAUGACCCGGCCGACGUGAUGACCUUCAGCAAGAAGAUGAUGACCGGAGGCUUCUACCACAAGGAGGAGCUCAGGCCCAACGCUCCUUACCGGAUCUUCAACACUUGGCUGGGGGACCCAUCCAAGAACCUGCUGCUAGCUGAAGUCAUCAACGUCAUCAAGCAGGAGGACCUCCUGAACAACGCAGCCCAUGCCGGGAAGGCCCUGCUCACCGGGCUGCUGGACCUCCAGGCCCGGUACCCCCAGUUCAUCAGCAGAGUGAGAGGACGAGGCACCUUCUGCUCCUUCGACACUCCAGAUGAAUCCAUCCGGAAUAAACUCAUUUUAAUAGCCAGAAACAAAGGCGUGGUCUUGGGGGGCUGCGGCGACAAAUCCAUCCGUUUCCGUCCCACCCUGGUCUUCAGGGACCACCACGCACACCUGUUCCUCAACAUUUUCAGCGACAUCCUGGCCGACUUCAAGUAACGAAGCCAUUUCCACGCCACCUGGGAAAGCCCUGAUCUCAACUGUUGUCCAAUCGAUUAGUUUGCCUAAUUCAUGUUUUCACUCAAAGUGUCAGAGGUG